AUGUUGGAGACCAACGUGUACAACUUCGUGUUGAUCCCGUUGGCGAUUUUGAUAUCGUACGCGAUAUGGUCGCGACUCCGGAAGCCACUGAAAUAUCGCCAGAUCUCGUCGCACGUGCCGUCCGUCACGAAAACCCUUUGGAGCGAACUUCUCUUUUCGUGCAGCAUUGCGAUGAAACACCCUAGAGAUUUAUUGCCAUUCUUCAUGGAAAUUUUUCUAAACAACGGUCCAGUUGUUCAUUGCAAUAUUACUGGACGGUCAUAUGUAUUGUUAAAUGAUCCAGACGAUAUAAAAAUUCUGUUGUCCAGUACACAGUACAUAAACAAAGGUCCCGAGUAUGAGAUGUUGAAGCCAUGGCUGAACGACGGCCUUUUAUUGAGCUCAGGUUUGAAAUGGCAAAACCGUCGGAAGCUACUGACCAACACUUUUCACUUUAAGACAUUAGACAUGUACAAUCCUGCCGUCAAUAAGCAUGCAAAGGUAUUUACAAAAAAGCUCUUGGAAGCGUGUACGGACGAUAAAGAAAUCUCCAUCAUGGAAUACGUGACGUUAUGUUCUUUAGACAUCAUCUGUGAAACAAUUAUGGGAACUGAAAUGAAUGCUCAAAAAGGGAAAUCAGUUCAAUACGUACAUUCUAUUAAAAGUGCUUGCAGGUCAGUAAUUGAUCGAGUUUUCAAAUUUUGGCUUUGGAAUGAUCUGAUCUAUAGAAUAAGCGAAAGUGGUCGAUCGUUUUUUAAAUCAAUUAGAGUGUUACACGAUUUUACCGAUAAUGUUAUCAAACGUAAACAAUCAUUGUUAAAAUCCUCUGGAAAUACAAUUGUGCAGCCUGAAAGCAAACCAGCUGAAAAAAGGAAAACAAAAUCGUUCUUGGAUUUACUUCUCGACGUUUUGAAAGACAACCCAGAUCAGAUGACCAUCAAAGACAUUCGGGAAGAAGUAGACACUUUUCUCUUCGAGGGCCACGACACGUCUUCCAUAUCGAUGACGAUGACUCUUUUAUUGCUGGGGAUGCACCAAGAUAUUCAAGAUCGUGCUAGAGAAGAGCUACAUAGUAUAUUUGGUGACUCCGAUCGAGACGCAACAAUGGAAGACUUAAACGCAAUGAGAUAUUUAGAUGCAGUCAUUAAAGAAUCACUCCGACUUUAUCCAAGUGUACCGAGUUUUACGAGAGAAUUGGAAACUACUUUACAGCUCAAAAACUAUAGCAUUCCUCCAAUGACAACAAUGGCGAUAUUUCCCUAUAUUUUACACCGGAAUGAGAACAUUUUUCCAAAACCUGAAGACUUUAUUCCUGAAAGAUUUUUAGACGAAGACAAUAAAUCGAAAUUUCUAUUUGGUUACAUACCUUUCAGCGCAGGUGCAAGAAAUUGCAUUGGACAAAAGUAUGCUAUGAAUCAAAUGAAAACUGUCGUAUCGACCGUCUUACGAAAUGCAAAGAUUGUAUCUUCGGGAUGCAAAGAAGACAUUAAAAUUAGUAUGCAAUUACUUAUAAGAAUAGAGUCACUUCCAAAAGUGAUAUUUCAUAAACUUUAG